AUGUCUGCAACCACUACUGUCACUCAGGCGCCCUCGGCAAAUCCAAACCUGCAUGGCAAUGGUCGCAUGCGCGUCGAUGGCACAGAUCAACCUUAUGGCGACUUCCGUGACGAUCUUACUCGUGAUGGCUUUGCCAUCGUCAAGGGUGCUAUCCCGCGCGAGAAGGCCGUAAAGUACUCUGACAAGAUGUACUCAUGGUUGGAGAACUUUAACCUGGGCUUCGACCGUAAUGACCUCUCCACUGUGCACAAAGACAAGCUUCCUCUCAUCAAUGAGAAGGGAAUGUGCCUUCACUAUGGACUUCCUCACGAAGACUUUGUGUGGGACAUUCGCAGUGAGCCUGGUGUGGUUAGUGCUUUUGAAAAGAUUUAUGACGACGAAGAUCUGAUUGUCUCUUUUGACGCGAUCAACUUCCAAUUCCCUAAUCGCACCGAUAUUGCCCCCAACAAGCCCUGGCCUCACCAAGACCAGGAUCCCGAGAAGCACGGUUUCCGCUGCAUGCAAGGCCUUGUGAACCUGCUCCCCAAUGGACCUGAUGAUGGUGGUCUCAUUGUUUGCCGCGGUGGUCAUCUCCUCUCCGAAGAAUUCCACCGCGACAUGGCGGACGAAGAGCGAAUUCCUGCCUGGACCCCGGAAUGGUACGGUUUCACGGAGCGUGGCAUGAAGUGGCUUGAGGAUCGUGGAUGCACAUGGGAGAAGAUCUCUGCCGAACCAGGUGAUCUUCUUCUGUGGGACUCGCGUACUCCCCAUUACAAUCUCAGUCCCAAGAACAACCAGCCCCGUUUCGCUAUCUACACAUGCUUCAUGCCUGUAGCGGAUGCCACACAGGAUGAUCUCCUGCGGAAAAAGGAUGCCUUUGACCGUCGCGUCGGCACAACCCACUGGCCUAAUGCUAAGCAUACCGGCUCGAAUGUGGCUCAGCGUGAUGGCAAAGAGGAUCCUCAUAACCGAGAUCGGCCGGUCAAUGAACCAGUUCUCAGUGAAAGGGCAUUCAAACUCACUGGUAUCCCCUACAUCAAGGGUCCAUCUGCGGCUAUCAACCAGACUACAGUGGCUGCAUAG